AUGGCUCCGCUGACACAGGCGCUGCCUCUUGCCUGCCUGAUGCUGCUCCUGCUCUGCAGUGCCCCGGGUGCGGGUGCCCAGGUGGUUCAGGGCUUCGAGCUGCGACAGCCCCAGAAGAAGAUGUCGGUGAUCGCAGGGGAGACGCUGACCCUGACCUGCACCGUGACUGAAGGGCGUCCCGUUGGCCCCGUGAGGUGGCUGAAGGGCUGGGGCAGUGGCAAUGAGACCAUUUAUGACCAGAAAGAACCCUCCUCAUCCCGCGGGACGAGGGCAGUGGAUGUGUACAACACAGACUUCACCAUCCUCAUCAGGGACGUCCGCCCCGAGGAUGCCGGCACCUAUUACUGUGUGAAGUUUCGCAAAACGGACACCGGUGAAGAGUUGUAUCGGCGUGGCGAGGGCACGGUGGUGUCGGUGCAGGCCAGACCCUCCAACCCGACUGUGUACAGGCCCACCCGCCGAGUGGAGCCGGGGAAGACGGCGUCCUUCACCUGCAAGACCGGGGGGUUCUUCCCCAGUGACAUCCAUGUGAAGUGGUUCAAGGACAGGGCCCCGAUUCAGGCUCAGCCGAUCCUCAUCACCCCUGGGCCAUCGAACUUCACCUACAACAUGUCCAGCACCGUGAAGUUGAGGCUGCAGAAGGACGACAUCCGCUCAGAGCUCACCUGCGAGGUGCGGCAUGCCACGCUGACGGCCCCGCUGAACAGGAGUUACCAUCUGAGCCACAUCCUGCGAGUUCCCCCCAGCGUGCUCGUGGCUCAGUUUCCGGACCCCGUGGGGCUGAACAAGACGGUGAACUUCACCUGCGACGUGCAGGGGUUCUACCCGGGAAGCGUGACCGUGACCUGGCUGGAGAAUGGGACGGAGAUGAACACGGGGAGCCCCCCCCGGCCGACGGAAACCCCCGAGGGCUUGUUCGAGCUGAGGAGCACGGUGGCAGUGCAAGCCGUGCAGGAGAAGAACGGCUCCGUGUUCACCUGCUGGGUAGUGCACGAGGGCCAGGACCCCAUCGGCAGCAGGGCCACGCUGCGUGUCGCUGCCUCAUACCAGAAGGAAUCCAACUCCCCCAACCCAAACGGUGCCCAUCUCCUCUCCAGCCCUGGCCUGUGGCUCGGCAUGCUGCUUGAGAAGGCGAUCCUCAGCCUCGUCCUCUUCUUCCUCUUCAAGCGCUGGCAGGCCUGA